AGACAUAGUUGUUGUAAAAUUGAAAAAUAUUUGGAUCCACCACCACCACCACGGUUGCUCCAUCAUUGUCAUAAGAAUCAACUUCCAGUUCCGUUCCACACUUCUUCCCUUUCAAUUCACUUCUUCAACACAGAUCUUCGCUUCAUUCUUACGUAACCACUCACUCUCACCAACCACCAUAACCUGCUAAAUCCAACUCCAUUUCUUUCCUUUCGCUAAACAACCACUUUCACCAUUACUUUACCUCAUGAUGGUGGAAACCUCAACAUUAGGUCGGUUCCAUCACCAAAGACUCGACUUUAAACGCUGCGUUCCAGCAUUCAUAACCUCACACAAGACCCUCUUCAUGGUCUUAUGGAUCGCAGCAUUUUUAUCGGUUUUUAUAUGGCAGAGAAAUAUGGUUGUUGGUGGGUUUAUGGUUUUCGGUCGGGUUCCGGUCCGGCCGAUUCCAAAUAUGAGACCGGUGGUUUUUAAUUUGACGGAUUUUGGAGGUGUUGGUGAUGGGGUUACUCUUAAUACUGAAGCAUUUGAGAGAGCUGUUUCUGCUAUAUCUAAAUUCGGGAAGAAAGGUGGGGCCCAGUUGAAUGUUCCUCCUGGUCGUUGGCUUACUGCACCUUUUAAUCUUACCAGUCAUAUCACUCUCUUUCUAGCUCAAGAUGCUGUUAUUCUCGCCAUUGAUGAUGAGAAGUAUUGGCCACUAAUGCCUCCAUUGCCUUCGUAUGGGUAUGGAAGGGAGCGUCCUGGGCCUCGAUAUGGCAGUUUGAUUCAUGGUCAGAAUCUUAAAGAUGUUGUGAUAACAGGGCAUAAUGGCACCAUAAAUGGACAAGGACAGGCAUGGUGGAAAAAAUUUCGCCAGAAGCGUCUCAACUAUACAAGGGGGCCACUUCUUCAGAUCAUGUGGUCUAGUGACAUUGUAAUCACUGAUAUUACUCUACGUGACUCUCCUUUUUGGACGCUCCAUCCAUAUGACUGUAAAAACCUUACAAUAAAAGGUGUUACAAUUUUGGCUCCUGUAUUUGAAGCUCCAAACACUGACGGCAUAGAUCCUGACUCUUGCGAGGAUAUGUUGAUAGAGGAUUGUUACAUAAGUGUGGGAGAUGAUGCAAUAGCAAUAAAGAGUGGUUGGGAUCAGUAUGGAAUUGCUUAUGGAAGGCCUUCCAUGAAUAUAAUGAUCCGAAACCUCGUUGUUCGCUCUAUGGUCAGUGCCGGUAUCUCAAUAGGCAGUGAGAUGUCUGGUGGGAUAUCCAAUGUCACGGUGGAGAAUCUUCUUGUGUGGGAUUCUAGGCGGGGUGUGAGGAUAAAAACUGCACCUGGACGAGGCGGGUAUGUGCGGCAAAUAACUUAUCGGAAUAUAACGUUUGAGAAUGUCCGUGUUGGAAUUGUGAUGAAGACAGAUUACAAUGAACACCCUGAUGAUGGCUAUGACCCUACGGCACUUCCAGUUAUAAGAGACAUUAGCUUCACCAAUGUCUAUGGCCAUGGAGUUCGUGUGCCGGUACGUAUUCACGGUAGUGAAGAGAUUCCUGUGAGAAAUGUAACUUUUCGUGACAUGUCAGUUGGGUUAACCUACAAGAAGAAGCACAUCUUUCAGUGUGCAUUUGUACAUGGCCGUGUAAUAGGGACCAUUUUCCCAUCUCCAUGCGAGAACCUUGAUCGGUACAAUGAGCAAGGACAACUGGUUAAACAUUCCAUGUCCCAGAAUGUAACAGAUAUAGAUUAUGAUUUUUGAGUUUAUGUUCAAUUUAAAUGUGCUUCAGUUUAUGUCUGUAUUAGAUUCAUUUUUCGUGGGGUUGGAGGAGCAGUCAUGUCAUACUUUUUUUUUUUUUUUUUUUUCUUUUGUAAUUUCACUUCCCCUCUCCAUUUUAUAGCUUUCUGAAGUGGAGUUGUAAAUACGAAAAAAAAUUCAGAUA